AUGACCACACGGUACAGGGUGGAAUAUGCGCUGAAGACGCACAGGAGGGAUCAACUCAUAGAAUGGAUCAAGGGGCUCCUGGCUGUCCCGUUUGUGCUGUAUUCCCAGCCGACUGGAAUUUUCGAGACGAAUGGCUUCAGCAUAACGCGAAUGUCAGAGGAGGCCCACAGGCGCUAUGCCGAGAUCAUGAGAGAUGUUGAAUUCAUGAUUGACGAUCACAUCGCCCACCAAGCAGAAUCGAUUUCUGUCCCAUCAAAACUCAAACUCCUGGUCCCUCCAGUGGGCACCUUCUUCACGCGACUACCCCUCGAGGCUGCCUUCAAAUUCCAAGACCGCAAGCGCUUCAUCUCAUCACGGCGUUUCGUAUCGCCUUCCUUCAACGACGUGCGCCUGAUCCUCAACUCGGCGCAGAUCAUGGCCGUGACGACAUACGGCACCCUGCAGCUAGCCACGUUCGACGGAGACGUGACGCUGUACGACGACGGCGAGAGCCUGGAACCCAGCAGCCCUGUCAUCCCGCGCAUGAUCGAUCUGAUGCGCAAGAACGUCAAGAUCGGCAUCGUCACCGCUGCAGGCUACACGACAGCCGAUCGGUAUUAUGCGCGUCUGCAUGGACUAUUGAACGAGAUUGCGCAGUCCACAGCCCUGACACCGCAGCAGAGACAGAACAUUGUCAUCAUGGGCGGCGAGGCUAAUUACCUCUUCGAAUUCUGCGAAACAUCGCCCCAUCUCCUCGCCCCUGUGCCGCGCGAGAGGUGGCUCACGGCCGAGAUGGCCAGCUGGUCUGACACGAGCAUUGAUGCCUUACUGGAUGUAGCCGAAACUGCGCUGCGGGACUCCAUCAAGACCCUGAGCCUCCCUGCAACUUUAAUGCGCAAGGACCGCGCUGUGGGCAUAAUCCCCAGCGACCCCAACGUGCGCAUUCCACGGGAGUCGCUCGAGGAGACCGUACUGGUGGUGCAGAAGAUCCUGGAGCUCAGCGUGGGCGGGCGCGACUUCAACAACAAGGUUGUCCCGUUCUGCGCCUUCAACGGCGGCAGGGACGUGUUCGUCGACAUUGGCGACAAGAGCUGGGGCGUGUCCGUGUGCCAAAAGUGGUUCGGAGGCGGCGAGGGGAAGAUGAUCAGGCCCGAGGAGACCCUGCAUGUCGGGGACCAGUUCCUCAGUGCGGGUAGCAACGACUUCAAGGCGCGGAGCGUGGCCACCACGGCUUGGAUUGCGAGUCCGGCCGAGACGGUCGAGUUGUUAGACGAGCUGGCGGAUUUCAUGGGCAAGAAGAUUAGCUGA